AUUAGAAUAAAAUAUUUGGGGGAACUCCGAACUGAAUGAUUCAUACUGGUACAUUCCUAUCGCAUUAUGUUUAUAUUUAUCUUUAGUCAUUUAAGUAGAACGGAAUGGAAGUAAUGAAAUCAAUGCUUUUAGUUUUAUUAUAGUGACCGUGUAUUUUUGUAAUGAAAAGGAGAUGGAAGAUAUACCAGAGAGUUUUACUAGCCGACCAGGAACUGCCGACGUUGGAAAGGACUACGAAAUAAAAAUCGCAGCGUUACUAUGUUUGCGUUGCAUGAAUAACGUUGGCAUACAAAAUAUGUGGCUUAUUAUGAAUGCGGAUAAAUGUGGCGCUUUUGACGACGUUAUUUUAUCCUUCGAGAAUGCAGACCGUAAAAAUGUGACAUAUCUCAUACAGCUAAAGCAUACAAUGAAACCAUCCUCCCUGAAACGAAGGGAAUUGGUUAUAGAACAAGGAAAUUUUUAUCUCCCAAAGUAUUAUGACACUAUCAAGGACAUAAAGCGAGAGAUGGAUGCCGAAAGUAGCAAAAAAUCGGAUUUAUUGAAACAUUUGGACCGUAAUAGAAAUAGAAUGGUUUAUAUCCUAUUCACAACAAGAGGAAGUCCUGAAGGUGAUUAUUUAAUCAACGUUAGCAAAACAUCAAAUGCGGAAAGCGAGUGGUUACUCCACGAGUGUAUAAAUACUAACGGGGAAAUAUUUUCGUUUAAUUACGAACAAUUAAAUUUCGAAUAUGAAAACGCAUACCAGCACUGGAUGGAAAAUUUUUACUUAUUUACUAGACAAGUUAACAUAAGCAAGGUAGAUGUUCUAAUUCAAACUUAUAUUGAAAAUUUCAUCAGACCUGUGAAACUUUCUAAACCUGCAAUGGAUGAACUUUAUCAAAAAUUCAUGUUACAUGUAUCUCAGUGGGCAAAAGGAGAACUAGGAGGAUUCUACCCUUUAACGAAAACUCUUAUAUUAAAAGUUCUUUUUGAGUGCUUACUAAAGCCAUAUAUGUGGAAUUUCGAAGAGAGAAAACCGGACGUUAACGUUAAAAUCUGUGCCCAUUUACUAUCUCACAUAUCAGAAACUGCAAUAACAGUGGUAGCUAGUGAUAGUAUCGUGAUGACGUUCUUAACGUCUCACAUAGAGGGAAUAAUCCACGAGUAUUCGAUUGUGAACGACCACAAGGUUCUAUGGAAAAGACACCCGGAAAUUGUCAGCAAAGCAAUCUUCAGAACAACCGGGAGAUAUAAAAAUAUUGCAAUGGAAGCAGCUUACGAAUUCUUAUGGAAAACUAACGAACUUCCACUAUUACUAGAAGCUAAGACCGUUGAAAAUUGCAAAAUGGUGCUUCAAUUACUAAACAUUUUUCGGGGUAUUUUUAAAGUGAUUGUACUGGUUGACUGUCUGCAGCAUGUGGAUGUAAAUGGAGAAAUUUGCACGUCCUUGCGUGAUUUAGGCGAGAGUGGUCGUAUUUUUGUUUUGAAUUAUCCAGUCAAAUUGCAAAAUCGGCAACAUGUCAAAUUAUCGUCCUACGUCAGUCCUGAGAAGUUUCACCUGAUCACAAUUAAGGAUAUCAUUUACAUUUUCAUGGACGAAUUCAAUAUCGGCGACCUUCCCCUUUCAACGCCCGAUAUUUUCAUUACACAGUCUCUAGACCCAGUGUGGUUAAAAAAGAAAGUUUUAAAAGAAGUUAGGGUGGAUAAGUUCGUCAUUCACUAUACGCAACUUGAUGACGUAAAAACUGUGCUAGGCAAAGUGGGAAUGUCGUUGGAAAGUAAUCUUGUACUUACUUGGUUUCCAAAUUGCUCGAAAAGUUUGGCGGAGUACCGAAUCAUUAUCGUGGGAGAUGUUGGCGAAGUAUCGAGGAUUGUUGCUAUGUGCAAUACUUCCAACACGCACUUCUUACUGAUGCAGGGUCGGGGUGGUUUGGAAUGGGUGAGCACAUAUGGAACCAAUGACAAUAUUGCUGCAUAUAGGAAGGUUAGAAAUAUGCAAGAUUUAAGCGAUUACGAGACUGUUCCAACGCUUGAUGCAGUUCUGAAGGUGGUGACCCCACAAAUUAACAUCAUUAGUGCCAAUCCAGGUAUGGGGAAAUCGACAAUGUUAGCCUUCAUUGCAAAUACUGCACCAACGGACCAAUGGAUACUAACACUAAAUCUGAUCGAUCAUCUGAAUUACUAUAAGAAGAGCCCCGAUUCGAAAGGCCACCUUCAGUACUUUGCCAAACAUUGCAUUAGUAGCACCUUAGCACGGAUGGUCUUUGAUAUUCACGUAGAGACCAAAAAAGUUGUGCUAUUAUUCGACGGGUUUGACGAGAUUCCCUCGAACUUACAGAAGAAGGUUAUUAAAAUGAUUCAAGAAUGCAAGGAAUUGGGUUGUGCAGUUUACCUAACUACGCGUACUAACGUGCAACCAUUUCUGGAAGAGUCACUACGAACCUUUGCUCGUUCUAUUAUACCAUUUUCGCACCAGGACCAAUUUGAGUACUUGAAGAGGUACUUCACUCAAAACUGUAGCAAAGAUCCAACCGCUGUUGAAUUAAUUGAUACCUUCACGAACAGUCUUUUAAGAGCAGCCUCUGAUAACUUGAACGAUCAUGAUCAGAGGUUCACGGGUGUUCCGCUCCAAACGAGGUUACUGUGCGAGGUUUUCAAAAAAGAUUGCUACACUUACUUGCGUACUCAAACAUUUGAAAACAAACACUUCGAUCUAAUCUAUCUAUAUAAACAUUUCAUCCGUGAGAAAAUCAAUAUUGUGUGCGACAAGUUUGGGAAGGGCUCCGAGGAUUUGUUUCAUCAUUAUAAAGCAUACCGAACGCUGUACGCGUUACAAUCGAUAUUUUUAAAAGAAGAUUUGGAAGGUUUGAAUAUUGAUGAAAAGCUGAAGCAGGUUGUGCUGUUGUUCCCUGAUACUCUGCAGCAACUCCAAAAGGACGGAAUCGUUACAAUUCGUAAUAAAAUCGAAGCAAAAUUUGUUCACAGAACUUUUGCCGAAUAUCUUACGGCGAAGUGGUUAUCAAAAAACUUCGACGAUGACGAUAACGCCGAAAUUGUGAUAAGUCUCGUGAGGAAGAUUUUCGACCCUAACUUUAUUACAGUGCGUAAUAUGUUUGAUCGCUUAAUGGCUAAAAGAAGUCCGUUACAUUUGGCAGUAAUUAAUCGUCACAAUACCACAGUUAAAAUGAUUGUUGAAAGUGACAAAGGAUCUCUACUGUCAGUGGAUAGGGGCGAUAGGUCUGUGCACCAUUUGGUGGCCAGUUGGGGUGUCCACCAUCCGACUGGAGAAAUGUCGAAUAGCGAACUGAGGGUCUUAGACGAGAUGAUUUCAAAGGAUCCAAUGAUUGAGGUUCUAAACUUGCUCGGGCAAGUUGAUUGUAGAAAGGACGGUGUACUAAACUACACCCCAAUUGAUUACGCAAUCGCGAGCGGCUCUCUUCACAUUGGUGACGUUUUAUGUUCUCAAAUAGACAUUGUCGAUAAUUGCAUCACUCUACCGGAACUCGAUACUAUGUACCUUUCUUUUUAUUUCGAACUAUUUCCACUAAGAUUUUUGGAUUUUGCUAUAAAAAAGCGCACAAUUACUGACGAGGUAUUGAAAUUGGAAAAGCGCGCGUGCGAAUUUGAAGGAGCAAUACAUUCCGCUUACCGUGCUUCCAUAAAGGGCGGGGUGGCAGAGACUAUUGUGCAGCUACCAACUCAUAACGACUCGGAGGAAUUUUCUCCAUUACACGUAGCAGUAAUUACCGGGCAGUUGCACAUUGUACAAGCGUUACUCGAACAGAAUGUCAACGUAAAUGCUUCUGAUAGCUCCGGAAAAACUCCCUUGCACUGGGCAGCAAUCAAAAACAAUCCAAACGCGCUUCGAGCACUUUUAUCCAACUCUGCCGAUCCAAACGUAUCAGAUCUGAACGAAAUGACCGUUUUGCAUUAUCUUUCCAUGAUAAAUACUGACACAGAUCCUGAAAUUAUAUCCACGUUAUUGGAAAGUAAUGCAGGUGUGUACACCAAAGAUAAAUACGGUAACACUCCAUUGCAUUACGCCUUCCAUUACAGUACCCAGAAAUUUACCCAUUUAUUUCUCGACUCCAAGGCACUUCGUAAUAACUUAUCAAUUGCGGAUGCAUCUGGCUCCACUAUUUUGCACUGCGCUGCAUAUAAGGGCAACGAGAGUAUAGUGAUACAACUUCUAGAAUACGGACUAGACGUAAACACAAGUGAUACUGAUGGAAAAACUCCCUUGCACUGGGCAUCUCAAAAAGGGCACCUAAAGGUGGUACGCUGUCUAGCCUUAAAAGGUGCCGAUUUGAAUGCGGUAGACAAUUUCGGUAGAACUCCUUUGUAUGUAGCCGUUGACAGCAACAAAGAGAAAUUGGUUAAAUUUCUGCUAGAUAAUGGUGUAAGCACCUCCCAAAAGGAUACGUACGGAAGAACUGCACUGUAUCAGGCGAUAGCAAAAAAUUACGAACCCAUUGUCGCUCUAUUAUUAGAUCGAAAAAGCGAUGUCGAUGCGAAAGAUAACGAAAAUUUAAGCAUUAUGCAUUGGGCAGCGUGGAGUGGUCACGAGAACAUCGUUAAGUUACUUUUGUCUAGGAAAAUGGAUCACAAAUCACAAGAUAAAUACGGACGAAUUCCGCUUAUCUGUGCUGCACAAUAUGGACAUAUUGGCGCCUUAAACUCAUUACUAAAUGACAGCGAUCUGUAUGCAAAAGAUGAAAACGAUAUGAACUCUCUGCACUGGUGCUGUUGGAAUGGGCACAUAGACAUUGCGCGAGUUCUUCUUUCACGUACACCAAACCUUGACGUACAAGACAGCAAAGGGCGAACGGCCAUAAUGUGUUCUUCUCAUAAUGGACACGCGAACAUUGCCCGUCUGUUGCUAACACAGAACGCCGACGUUAACUUGGCAGAUAACAACAACAUGACGCCGCUAAAUUGGGCGGCCCAUAACGGCUACUACGAAACAGUCAAGGUGUUAUUGCAAAGAAACUGUAUCCUUGAAACCAAAAGCCAUUUGGGCCGGACCGCGUUAUCCAAUGCCGCCAGCAAAGGUCAUCAGAAAAUCGUGGAGGUCCUAUUGUCCAACUCGUUUCCUGUGGAGGUGAGUGAUUCAGAAGGAAUGACAGCGUUGCAUACGGCGGCAGUGCAUGGUCAUGUCGGCGUAAUUAAAUCUCUAACCGAACACGGAACCAAUUUGGAAGCAUUAAGCCAUUACAAUAAAACCGCUUUGAUUUACGCCGCUAAUUAUGGACAAGCACCCGUUGUAAAUUACCUUCUUACUAAAAAUGUCUCGCUCAAUGCCGCGGAUGAUGAAAAUAUGACGGCGCUCACUUGGGCAGCGCACGAUGGCCAUAAUGAUAUCGUCGCGUUGUUAGUGAACAAUGGAGCGAACAUGGAAAUUCCAAAUAAACAUGGAAGAACUCCAUUGCUGUGUGCUGUACACAACAAUCAUUAUGACGUGGUUAAAACGCUACUAUUGAAGGGAGCCGAUGUUAACCGUGCGGACAACGAGGGCACGUAUUGUAUCCAUCAAGCUGUCUACAAUGGAAACCUAGAAACGUACAGGCUGCUGGAGCACAAAUUUCCCGUCGACUUUAGAGACACUGUCAACAGAACCCCGAUUAUUCACGCAGCUUUUAACGGCCACAGUGAUCUUGUAAAGAUGCUGUUGGAAAAAGAAGCCUGCAUAAAUGCACAGGAUGAUGAGGGGAUGAGUGCACUACAUUGGGCAUGCUAUAAUGGUCACGUAGAUACCGUGCGUCUAUUGCUGUCAAGAUCUGCCGAUGCAAAUGUUCGAGACGUAGAAGGAAGGACCCCAUUGGUCUACGCUAUAGUGAAACAAAACGAGGAUAUAGUAUCAUUAUUGAUCGAUAAAGCCGAUCCGAAUCUAAAAAGUGAUCAGAACGUAAGUCCACUGCACGUUGCUGCAGGAGUUGGGAACACGAAGAUAGUGGAUAUUUUGGCAAGUAACGGUGCUGACGUAAACACGAGAAAUAACGAUGGUGCCACUCCUUUAAUGUGCGCCUCUGGUAAUGGCAGAGAGGAUGUAGUAAUGCUGCUCAUAGCAAAAAAGUCGCGUGUAGAAGAGCGAGAUAAUAAUAAUUUAACAGCGUUAGAUUGGGCAAAAUUCGGCAAUCAUGAGUCUGUAAUUUCGUUAUUAGAGAACAGUUAAAGCGUAAAUUUGCUCUUGCUUCCAGAUGGAUCAACGGAUUUGUUUGAGAACAGAGUAGACUCCAAAUAUAUCGGCCAGCUUUGAACUAGAAAACGAACUUGUCUGAUUUACCAAGGAAUAUGACUCAAGACUUCAAGUGCCAAUUUUUACUUCAUAGUGAUAUUUAUUGAAUUCAUCAGUUGAUGAAGAUAUCAAAACCAAAAACACCACUCUUCUGUUAGGUUUAUCGCCGAAUCAUGUUUUUGGUUUUCAAUAAAUUCUUAUUUGCAAACGUAUAUCUGAUAAUUAUUCGGUUGAUUUAUCGUAAAUCUGACGAUAGCUUACAGUAC